AUGCAGGGCUCGGACGAACUCUCGCUCGGGCAGCUCCUCUCGCGCUCUCUCCGCAACGCAGACAAGUGCGCCAACGCUCCCGCGCCCAACGACCACGCAGUGCAGACCCUCAUCACCCAGACCCUCUCGGACCUGACACUCUGCGCAUCCCUCAUCUCUCACCUCGGGAUCCUCUCGCCCAACGAAACAGUCGACGACAUCUCGACCCGCAAUCUGCGCUGUGUCCUCGUUCCCGCCUUGCAAGGCCAACUCGCUCUCCUCGUGCGGACGAAAGGCGGCGUCGAGCGGCUCGAAUGGCUGAACAGGGCGAAAGGGUACUUGAGGGCGUUUGUGGAGGACGUUGAGAAGUACGAGGUUGUCGGAGAAGAGAGGAGGGGCGUGUUGAGGGGCCCGGGGGCGGCGGAGAUGGAUCCGUCGAGGAGGAGGGCUGGCAAGAUUGCCCAGUUCAAGAUGGAGAAGGAGAUCAAGACCACGCUCGAGGAACUCCGCACGCGCCGACGGAAACGCCGAACUCGCGGUUCUGCCCUUCGCGUCUCGUCCAGCUCCUCCUCUUCGUCUUCCUCAGCCCCCGCACCGACUGAAGAACUCGACGACUACCCCUCCUCAUCAGACGACGAAGACGCAACCGAAUCCGUCGCGCGACCCCUACUCCUCAACCUCCUCACACUGCACUAUAUCCGCUCGCACGCCGAGCUGGGCAGUAUCGAGCAAGAGAUCGAGAUCGUCGACCAUGGGAUGAAGAUGAGUGAGAUCCCGAGCCAGGGACCGGGGACGGCGGCGGGACUGAAUGGCGACAAGCGGAUUGCGCAUACGGGCGAGAAGGAGAAGGAUGAGGAGGAGAGCCGGUGGAGGCUUGAUCGGCUGCCGGAGAAGGACGCGGGACCGGUGCUGUCGCCUGAUGGCAAAGUUCUGCGACCGUUCACCAUCCUCCCCUCGACUUCAUCCACAGACGCCCUCUCGACUCGCCUGCGCCUCCAGUCGGAGAUCUUCCGCCCCUCGCACCGCUUGCCAACGAUGACGAUCGACGAGUUCCUCGAGCAAGAGCAAGAGCGAGGGAACGUCUUGCAGGGCGGGGGGCCGAAGACGAGCGACGAAGUUGAGCAGGCGAGGAAGGACGAGGCGGCGGAGGAGGGCGAGGACGAUACGGCUGCGGGCUAUGCGCGCGAGGAGGCGGGCUUGAGGAAGAAGAGGGAGUGGGACGACUAUACGGAUCAGCAUCGCAAGGGCGAGGGGAACAUGAUGAACCGAGGGUGA